AUGCCCGAACGUUGGGCGUUCUCCUUUUCGGUUGUAACAAUUCUUUUUGGUUCCGUUUAUCGUUGCGAUGGUUCACCGGAAGGUCGUAUCGUCGGGAACGUGCGUGCUGAGGUAUCGCAGUCUGACCUACCGCACAUCUGCUCCGUGCGGUACCGAACCGUCCAUCGUUGCAGUGCGACCAUAUUGAAUGCGAACUGGUUGUUAACUUCUGGCCACUGUACUAUCGAUCUCCCCAUCGAUACAAUCUCAAUCGUUUGCGGUAUCCGUAUGUAUCGCACCGUGCUGGAGAAUGUGCCACAUCCCGACUUUGACGCUUCCAGAUGGACCGGACACGAUCUCGCACUGCUCAAAAUGCGAAAGGCACUCAACUUUACGACCAACGUACAGCCAAUUCCGUUGUACGAUGGCCCGGAAGUCCCUGCGGAUGGAAUGGUCUGGCGAGCAACAAUCGUUGGUUAUGAGCCGUCCCGUUCAGGAGAUGAGGGUGGUUCGAAUUGGAAUUGGAAUCCGAUGCUGCAGAUGGCCGAUGUACCGAUACUAACGUCCUGCGAGUGUCGGCAGCGUCUGGGACCAAUUCUGUCUGCCUACCUAGCAGACGUAAACAUCUGCACCGAUAACGCUAAAUCGACACUACCAACAGUAGACGGUACGUCAACGUGUCUCGGUGAUUCUGGUGGCCCGGUAAUGAUUGCCACCGAACUGCAACCCUACAAUCUGUUGGCCAUUCCCUCCUGGACGUUGGCCCCCUGUGGAACGGGCCCUUCAGUGCACGUUCGCAUUGCGCCACAUCUCGAUUGGAUUCUGGCGAUAAUCGGAGUCAAUUAA